GGCAGCGACGCCCCACUUGCCGCUACUGCUGGCGCAGCUAUCGCUCUCGUCAGGACCUGCUUCGUACAAACCAAAAUAGGGGACGACGAAUGAGGCAACGAACGAUUCGAUUUGCAGCCAAACGCAUUGCACUCUGGUGACUCGUUGAAUCGUGUUGGUGCGUCCAGCGGUUCGACUAACACUGCUACGGCACCCAACUGACGAGGACUUCGACAGCGGACGAGGGCUGCUACCUUGUCCGAGUGCCCACGACGGAUGGGACGCCAGAACGACGGUACACGACGACAUGCUGCGCCUCCAGGUCCUCCUGUUUACACGUUUGACUGCGAAGGAUUCAACAAACGGAUUGCUGCAGUCGCGAGGGUUGAGUCGGGCCGUUGGCAGUCGACAAAAUCAAGUAAGCUCAAGCAAAGGGUGGACAUGUGUGACUGGUCGUGACAGUCGGCGCUUCGUGGACCCAUCACCGAGACAGCUUUGCGUCGAGGGUGCUUGGUAUAUACGCGGUACACACUCAUUCUCGAUUAACUUUCGACAUCGCUGUCAUGGCACCGUCGGUGACACGUCCACCACGUCGCGAGGCGAUGCUUUCGAUCCAACGAGGGCGUCCAGAUCAUUGUACGAACGUUUGGUGGCCUUUCACAUGGCAAAACGUGUUCCAAGCAUAGACAAGGUCACGAUGCUGCAUACGCGACGCGAUGGUCGAUGCUCGAGAUGAACGAUGGGGUGUAUCUCGCCUCCUGUGAUGUCGUCGUCUGAAUCACGCGGUGCUCGGUCGACCGGAAUGUCCUCAGCGAGUGAACCAGCGAGACAAUGGGUGUCAUAGCAAAUACGAAGUCGAUUGGUCCGGACUCCUGCAGCUUGGGCCACAUGCCCUGCAUCCACCGCGGCAACCGGGAUGUUCGCCCAGCACGCCUUGUGCACGAACAACGCACAUACGCGAAGCCAAUCU